UCGACAGAACAUUGUAUGCUGGUGCAGCGAUCGCGUGAAGAAAUAACGCUGGGUUUUCGUACGCGUCGGAGUCUGUGACACCCGCUGGCCCAAUGGAGCCGCGUACUCUCGCUGUCCCGUUGGCUUUGUUGACAUUCGUCGUAUCGGCCAGCGCAGGUGGUUUGUUUUUUACCAUCGAGCCACAAGAUGCGGUGGUCGAGCAAGGAGGUCCAGCUAGAUUGGACUGCGAGGCAAAGAGUUUCUUUGGUGCACCAACUAUACAAUGGCGAACGGACGACGGUCAACCGAUUAACUUUAUCGGGGAUAGUUUUCGAUCACAGCUAGCGAAUGGAUCCUUGUACAUAAAUAGCGUAUACGGCAGUAGUGCAGAAUUAACCGGAAGCUAUCAGUGUUUAGCUUCCGUAGAUAAUGUUGGAGCUAUUGUCUCACGAGCGGCCACGAUUAAACUUGCAAGUCUGCCAGGAUUCGAGAAGGAACCGCAAGACACUAUGGUUUAUCCGGGGCAAGUUGCAUACUUAAGUUGCACACUACCUUCGUCCUCUAGUUCGCUGAGUAUACAGUGGUUGAAAGACGAACAUCCGCUUGUGCUGGACCGUAGUCGAAUGUCUGUUUUACCAUCAGGUGCAUUAGAGAUCGACGACGUUAACAUGCAGGACAUUGGAUCUUACAGGUGUAAUGCUAGUAGUUACGGACAACAUAGACUGAGUAAUAAAGCACAAUUAGGAUUAUUGACGAGUGAUAUUGAUCAGGAAAGUACACCGCCAGUCUUCAUAGCUAAACCGUUUAGGCAAGAAGUUGUCGAAGGAUCAACGGUCACCCUGGAGUGCGCUGCCAAUGGGUAUCCAAAGCCAAGUAUAUUGUGGCUGAAGGAUGGUGUGGCCAUCGAUUUAGCAUCUUUCGAUUCUAGGUAUCGUAAAGUUGCUGCGUCCAGUCUCGUAAUUAAUAAUGUCCAAGAAAGAGACGAUGGUUCGUACCAAUGUCGUGCCGAGAACGAAGUUGAAACUUUAGACGCAGCCGCUGACUUAAUCGUACAAGUGCCCCCAAGGUUUGUAAAAAAGCCAGAAGACAAGGUAGCUAGCGAGAAUCAAGAUUUAGAAUUUGAGUGUGACAUUUAUGGAAAACCAGAGCCGAAAAUCUCAUGGCUGAAAAAUGGAGAACGUAUCACGUUCAAUGCGUACUGGCAAAUCAUUAAUGGCAGUUACCUUAGAAUUAACGGUCUGCUGGCGAUAGAUGCUGGAAUUUUUCAAUGCAUCGGAACAAAUUCAGCCGGCAGCGUACAAGCUGCGGCACGUCUAACGAUUAGCCAACCCAGAAAAGCGAACUCCCACCGAACAACUACCCCGAAAACAAUUCCCAAGAAGAAGUUACUGUUGCACCGUCAAUUGUACAAUAAAACGUGGCAGCACCCGAGCACCCUUUUGGGUCACACGUUGUCCGCGUUCACGCCGAAUCCACCGUUGACCAUCAGCCCGUCCGACGAUCCAGCCGAUCUUCCUGGGUCGGUUACGUUUCCCAAUUCCCUAUACGAUCCAAAAUCCCAUUUUAUAGACGACACAGACAGCCUGGAGUUGGCCGAAGGAAGCGUUCCAUCAGCCCCGAGGAAUCUGAGCCUCGUCAUUGUUACCGCCAGAUUCGUCACUCUGAGGUGGCAAGAACCGGAGAACACGAACGGGGACAUUCUAAAUUAUUAUAUUUAUUACAAGCAAGAAGGUGGUGAAAGAGAAAGAGUUAUGAAUACGCAACAAAAAUUGGAGGCAAUGAUACGUGGUUUACAACCGAGUAUGACGUAUCAGUUUCGGGUGGUUGCCUUAAACGCUAGAGGUCCUGGAAUGUCCAGCGAAGUAUUACAAGUCACCACCCUCACAGAGGCCAAUGUUCCCGGACCUCCAUUGAAUUUAGAAGGGCACGCCACAAGCAGCGUGAGCGUCGCCUUAGCUUGGGAGAAACCGCAAGUUAUUAACGGCCGAAUUUCUAAAUACAUCAUCACAUUCGUCGAGGGUGACAAACAGGAGAUCACGCGUGAAACCACUAGUACCAUGCACGAAUUGGUGGACCUCGUGCCUUAUACAGAAUACAGUAUUAGAGUCCAAGCCGUGAACGAGAACGGCCCUGGCGCGUUUAGCAGGGAUAUCAUAGUGAGGACGUACAGCGCGCAGCCUACACAGCCGCCGCAUAACAUCACGGCAGAGCCAGCUAGUCCUACAAGUAUUAUUAUAAGAUGGGAGCCGCCGUUGAUGGGAGGAAAUGGAAUUAUCACCGGCUACAAGAUCCGUUAUCGCCGACAGGAUCGUGGCUCGCAGCCAGUCACUAUAACCACCGAGGGAAAUCAACGCUCGAGAGUGCUCACAGGGCUUGAGAAACAUGUCGUCUAUCAAGUUCGCAUGUGUGCCUUAAACGUGAACGGAACUGGGCCUUGGGCCGAAUGGAUACAGAUAGAGACGUUCGAAACCGAGUUGGACGAGAAAAGGGUUCCGAAUACACCCAGCAAUUUAAAGACAAAGGUGGUGUCGGAUUAUAUACAAGUAUUGUGGAACCCACCAAAGGAUCAGAGUAUAAAGGUGAAAGGAUAUAAACUUGGAUGGGGUAAAGGCGUCCCUGAUGUUGAAGUACGGCUUCUCGAGGGAAAAGAACGUUCUUAUACCAUCGAUCAAUUAGAACCAAUGGCGGAAUACGUAAUCAGCUUGAGAGCAACAAAUGAUGCCGGCGAUGGUCCGCCAGCUUAUGCAAAUGUAAGAGCGUCCGAAUCUUCUUUGCCUUUGAUACCGCCGGUUGGUCUUAAAGCUGCCGUUUUAUCUGACACUACCGUAGUAUUAUAUUGGACUGACACAACUUUAGCGAAAACUCAAUUUGUGACGGAUAAUCGGUAUUACGUGGUGCGUUAUACGCAUCAUCACAGCAGCAGUCCUCGUUUUAGGUAUCACAACGCCACUGAUCUCAACUGUAUGAUACAUGACUUGAAACCGAACACUCUGUACGAAUUUGCAGUGAAACUAGUUAAGGGAAAGCGAGAAUCACCGUGGAGCAUGGUCGCGUCGAAUCAAACGCAAGAAGCGGUGCCGAGUUCUGCGCCAAGGGAUUUGUCGAUACAAAUUAUCGAGGACCGUCCGACUUCUGUCUUGCUACGAUGGCAACCACCUAAACAGCCUAAUGGACCGAUCACAGGAUACAUUAUAUUUUAUUCGACCGAUAACACAAAGUGGGAUCGCGACUGGUUACUCGAAGCAGUUAUCGGCGACAAGACUGAGUUCAUCGUGAAAGGCCUUAAACCGAGUACAACGUAUUAUUUUAAGAUUCAGACCCGGAACUCGAAGGGUUACGGUCCAUUUUCCACGACCGUUCCGUUCAAAACACCACUGAGCAAUGGCAUGGAUGUCUAUGAUGAAUUGCAUGGUCGAGACGGACGAGGACUCUCGAAUAUACUGAUCUAUAUCAUUGUGGGCUGUUUCAUUGUUCUUAUCACUGGCGUGGCAGUUGUAGUGGUGGUGAUGUGUUGCAAACGGAAUCCGGACACGCCUGACAGGAAGAAGGGAUACAUGAAGGACGCGAAUCCAAAGACAAAUAUCAAGCCACCAGACUUGUGGAUUCACCACGAUCAGAUGGAGCUGAAAGCUCUGGAAAAAUCCUCGAUAAAUGGAGAAGCGUCCACCAGUGGUGUAGCUAGUAACACAUUACCCAGAUCCAGUAAUCAGGAUUACAAUCAAGAUAGUGUACACGGAAAUUCUAGUUCGUUGGAUAAACGUACUUACGUACCAAGUUAUAUGGGUGGUAACACUGACGAGAAGUGCUCGACCCUGAGCAGGCAGCAUAGUCGAGGAAGCCAUAAACCUAAACUCGUUACACUGCCUGUUGACAGUGCGUCUUUACAUCAACCUAUAGCGACCGCCACGCCAAUAGUGAACACAAGUAUGUCGCAACCAACGAUUCAUACUUCCUGCAGCGACACACCAUCCGUCAGGCAGAAUUACCCCCGAACAGUGGCACAAUAUAGCUUAAGUCGAGCGCACAUUACAUUAGAACCAACACCAGAAUCGAGUCCAGAUUCUUGCAACAUUUCAAGCUCUUACGAACCGCUGCAAAACCAACAAUUAUCGUACGGUACCAGCGGACAGCCGUACACUGGAAGUACUCAGUACGCUUCAGGCCAUUACGGUAACAGCAGUCAGCCGUCGAGUAGCGGCGGAGGAACGGAUGGUAGUGGUAGCAGUAAGAGGAUGCAAGGCCAUCCCUUAAAAAGUUUCAGUGUUCCAGCGCCACCGCCUCAGUCGGCACCUUCCACGCCGGCACAACAGAAACACGUUUCUCAAGUGACUGUGAGACCCACGAUGUCUGGUAGCCCCUACAAGAAACCACAAAGCACCACGCAAUUAGCAAAGAACCGAUUAGCCUCCGUUUCAAAUCCAAUACACACUUCGGAAGAAGUUGAGCGGUUAAAGCCUUCGUACAGUACAGAAGAACUGAAUCAAGAGAUGGCGAACUUGGAGGGUCUCAUGAAAGAUCUGAAUGCCAUAACAGCGUCCGAGUUUGAGUGCUAGAAGAGAUUCCGCAGACCUUGUGCCAUCUCAAUUCAAUAGACUGCAAUGAUACAUUCUCAAUGUUAGUACCUGAGAGAGAUAAGGUUUGUCACGUGAUCACGUUACACGAUAUAAAACUUUUCUUUUUUGCGGGGAUUAUUAUAUUUCGGCACACGGAAACGCAGUAACGCGCGAUUGGCAAUAGACAAAAAGUCAACG